AUGCGGGAUUACGACGAGCUGAUCUCCUUCCUGGGCGAGUGGGGCCCCUUCCAGCGCCUCAUCUUCUUCCUGCUCAGCGCCAGCAUCGUCCCCAAUGGCUUCAACGGCAUGUCCGCCGUCUUCCUGGCCGGCACCCCCGAGCACCGCUGCCGGGUGCCCCCCAGCGCCAACCUGAGCCGCGAGUGGCUCAACGCCAGCAUCCCCCGCGAGGUGCAGGGCGGCCGGGAGGGGCCCAGCAGGUGCCGCCGCUACCGCCUGGAGUCGCUGGCCAAUUUCUCCGCGCUGGGGCUGCAGCCCGGCAGGGAUGUGGAUCUGAGUCAGCUGGAGCUGGAGAAGUGUCUGGACGGCUGGGAGUACAGCCGGGAGCUCUACCUCGACACCAUCGUCACCGAGCAGACUAUACUUUGGAGCUACCAUGAUAUGAGGAUGACACAGAGUGGGCUAUGGAGAGUCAUGCUAUGGAAUCUGGUAUGUGAUGAUGACUGGAAAACCCCCCUGACUACCUCCUUGUUUUUUGUGGGGGUGCUUAUUGGAUCCUUUAUAUCAGGACAGCUCUCAGACAGGUUUGGCAGGAAGAGUAUUCUCUUUGCAACCAUGGCAGUGCAGACUGGCUUCAGUUUUGUGCAGAUCUUCUCUACCAGCUGGGAGAUGUUCACAGUGCUGUUUCUUAUAGUUGGCAUGGGACAGAUCUCGAACUACGUGGUGGCCUUCAUUCUGGGCACAGAAAUUCUUGGCAAAUCAGUUCGUAUUAUAUUCUCUACAUUAGGAGUUUGCAUAUUUUUUGCAAUUGGCUACAUGUUGCUGCCACUAUUUGCUUACUUCAUCAGAGACUGGCGGAUGCUGCUUCUGGCUCUUACUGUACCUGGGGUGCUCUGCGUUCCACUGUGGUGGGUCAUUCCUGAAUCUCCCCGGUGGCUGAUCUCUCAGGGAAGAUUUAAAGAGGCAGAAAUCAUCAUCCGAAAGGCUGCAAAAACAAAUGGCAUUGUAGCCCCAGCUAUGCUGUUUGACUCCACAGAGAUGCAGGAUAUGAAGCUUCAGCAGCAGCAGAAGGCAUACAUUUUGGACUUGUUCAGAACCCGAAACAUUGCAGUUAUCACUGUUAUGUCAUUGUUGUUGUGGAUGUUAACAUCAAUUGGUUAUUUUGGACUGUCACUCAACACUCCCAACUUGCAUGGAAAUGCCUACGUCAAUUGCUUCCUCUCAGCCAUUAUUGAAGUUCCGGCUUAUGUGAUUGCCUGGCUGCUCCUCCGAACCUUACCUCGGCGGUAUUCCAUAUCUGGCACCUUGUUCUUAGGAGGAGGGGUUAUUCUCUUCAUUCAGCUGGUGCCUACAGACUUUCACAUCCUGUCUGUCUUCCUGGUGAUGCUGGGGAAGUUUGGGAUCACAUCUGCAUUCUCAAUGCUUUAUGUCUACACUUCUGAGCUCUACCCAACAAUAGUAAGAAACAUGGCAGUUGGAGCUACUUCCAUGUCUUCCAGGGUGGGCAGCAUCAUCGCUCCUUACUUUGUUUACCUUGGUGCCUAUGACAGAUUCCUGCCUUACAUUCUCAUGGGAAGCCUGACUGUGCUGAUAGGGAUCCUUACCCUGUUUCUCCCAGAAAGCUAUGGAAAUCCUCUCCCUGAGACCUUUGAUCAGAUGCUAAGAGUAAAAGGAUUCAGAAACAGACAACGCACCAACCAUGUAAGGAGUUCAAAGGCGAUUGAAGACUCCAAGACUCAGAUAACAACGCUAUGA